AUGGUGAAAAAAGUUCUUCUUGUCUUCAUCUUCAUCAUCUUCUUCUUCCGUUACAACAAUCCUUCAAUAGUUACUGCUAAGUCUGGAUCAGCAUCACCAGCGGUGAACAGGAACAAGGAGAUUAUCAAGAGGAGUGAGUCGGUCAACGGGAACAAGGAGAUUAUCAAGAGGAGUGAGUCGGUCAACAGGAACAAGGAGAUUAUCAAGAGGAGUGAGAACAAGGAGAUUAUCAAGAGGAGUGAGUCGGUCAAUGGGAACAAGGAGAUUAUCAAGAGGAGUGAGUCGGUCAACAGGAACAAGGAGAUUAUCAAGAGGAGUGAGUCGGUCAACAGGAACAAGGAGAUUAUCAAGAGGAGUGAGAACAAGGAGAUUAUCAAGAGGAGUGAGUCGGUCAACAGGAACAAGGAGAUUAUCAAGAGGAGUGAGUCGGUCAACGGGAACAAGGAGAUUAUCAAGAGGAGUGAGUCGGUCAACGGGAACAAGGAGAUUAUCAAGAGGAGUGAGAACAAGGAGAUUAUCAAGAGGAGUGAGUCGGUCAACAGGAACAAGGAGAUUAUCAAGAGGAGUGAGUCGGUCAACAGGAACAAGGAGAUUAUCAAGAGGAGUGAGUCGGUCAACAGGAACAAGGAGAUUAUCAAGAGGAGUGAGUCGGUCAACGGGAACAAGGAGAUUAUCAAGAGGAGUGAGUCGGUCAACAGGAACAAGGAGAUUAUCAAGAGGAGUGAGUCGGUCAACAGGAACAAGGAGAUUAUCAAGAGGAGUGAGUCGGUCAACAGGAACAAGGAGAUUAUCAAGAGGAGUGAGUCGGUCAACGGGAACAAGGAGAUUAUCAAGAGGAGUGAGUCGGUCAACGGGAACAAGGAGAUUAUCAAGAGGAGUGAGUCGGUCAACAGGAACAAGGAGAUUAUCUAG